AAAUCCAAGUGUAUUUUUCCUUCUUUUUCAAAUUCCCUUGGUUUUCUAGCCACAUUUUGAUUUCCCUGCCACCACCUCUCCUUAUAUUCUGCACGCCAUCCCCCCCACCCUUCCAUUACUCACAACAACCACAACACCUCUCUCUCUCUCUCUCUGAAGCUCUGAGUGCAUCUCUGUGUCUCUCUGUUCCUUUGGUUUGAACUUUGAAGUGCAAGAAAUGGGUGAUAUCUCUUCUGGUUCUAAUGGCAAUGGAAAUGGAAAUGGCAAUGGCAAUGGAGUUCAUGGAAAUGGCCACUAUGCAUUGCAGGGUGGCUGUAGGAAGAGUUGUUGGUAUGAAGAAGAGAUUGAGCAGGACUUGAGAUGGUGUUUUGCUCUCAAUAGUAUUUUGCAUACAGGGGCUAGUCAGUACCAGGACAUAGCACUUUUGGAUACAAAGCCCUUUGGAAAGGCUUUGGUCAUUGAUGGAAAGCUUCAGAGUACAGAGAUAGAUGAAUUCAUCUACCAUGAAUCACUUGUUCAUCCAGCACUUCUUCACCACCCAAAUCCAAGGAGCAUAUUUAUUAUGGGAGGAGGUGAAGGCUCCACUGCAAGAGAGAUCCUGAGACACAAAUAUGUUGAGAAUGUGGUCAUGUGUGACAUUGAUGAGGAAGUAGUGGAUUUCUGCAAGUCAUACCUGGCUGUAAACAGAGAAGCUUUCUGUGAUUCAAGGCUCCACCUUGUUAUCAAUGAUGCCAGGGCUGAGCUUGAGAAAAGAGGAGAUUAUUUUGAUGUGAUCAUAGGGGACCUGGCAGAUCCCAUAGAAGGAGGGCCUUGUUACCAACUCUAUACUAAAUCCUUCUAUGAAUCCACUGUUAAACCUAGACUCAGUGAGGGUGGCAUUUUCGUUACUCAGGCAGGGCCAGCUGGUGUGUUUAGCCAUACUGAGGUUUUCUCUUGCAUUUACAACACCAUAAGACAGGUUUUCAAAUAUGUUGUGCCUUACUCGGCUCAUAUUCCUUCCUAUGCUGAUACUUGGGGAUGGGUCAUGGCAUCGGAUUCGCCAUUUACAGCAGAUGCUGAAGAGUUAGAUGCCAGAAUCAAGCAGAGGAUCAAGGGGGAGAACAGAUACCUUGAUGGCAACACUUUCAUGUCAAAUUCAAUCUUGAGCAAAGGUGUUAGAAAAACACUAGCUAAGGAGACUCAAGUAUACACAGAAGGAACAGCAAGGUUCAUCUAUGGCCAUGGCACUGCUCACAAAUCCAACCAUCACUCUUAAGAGAGAUCGAAGGAAACCCCAACAGAAGCACACAGACCAAAUACUGAACCUUGCCCUUCUUGCUUUAUCAUCCUUCACCCCCCCUCCCCUUUUCCCCCUUCCAAAUUUUUGUGCUGUUUAAACUUGAAUGGAAAGAUGCAAUAGCAGACCCAAUGAUAUAAGUUUUCGCAUUUUACACAAUAGUCCACUGUUAAUGGCUUGUUUAUGUUCAAAAUUUUAAGGUAAUUACUUGAUCCCUACUUCAAAUUGAGAGAACUUACAGACA